AUGAGUAGUAACAAAGAAAAUAAAAGAAUAAGUAAAAAGAGCUUCGAUAAAAAUAAUGAUAAUGGAAUCCCCAAGUACAUGUGUACAAAAAAAAAUAAUUUAAAUAGUUUUAAAUCCGAAGAAUAUAAUAUAAAAGAGAAUAUAUCAUAUGAUGAUAUAAUAAGCAUAAAUUUAAAUAAAAAAAAUAAAACAAAAAGUUAUACUGAUAAUUUACUAAUAGAAAAUAAUAAUAAAAAAAAAAAUUAUAAUACUAAAAAUAAUAUAAAUAUAAAAAAUAAGAUAUGUAAAAAUAUUAAUAAAACGAUUGAAGAAAAUAAUCACACAUGUAAUAAUAGAGCAUAUACAGAUAGUUAUUAUAAUAACAAAAAUAUGAGGAGUAAUUUGUAUAAUAGUAAAUAUAUUAACACAGAUAUAAAUAAUAAUUUAUACAAGGACAAAAUCUCUAGUGAUAUUUAUAAGGACAAAAUAUUGAGUGAUAUAUAUACGAAAGAAAAUAUGAAUUGUGAUAACCUUUAUAAUAACGAAAAUAAAACAAAGAAAAAAACAUUUUUGGUUAAUCAAGCAGUUUUCUUUACUCCUAAAAAAAGUGUACUUAAUUCAAGCAAUGAAAAAAAAGAUACUGAUGAAUAUAAAAAGUCACAAAAUGUGAAUCAUGAUAAUAUAUCGAUCGAUAAUAUGAAUAAUCAUUCGUUAUACAACAAAUCGUAUGAAACAAAUAGUCUUAAAAGUAUUAUUAUUAAUAAUAAUAGUAAUAAUUAUUUAAAUAAUAUUGAGGAGAAGAGAAAAAGAAAUGGAACUUUUGGUAUUCAAACAAUUUUAAAGAGGAAAGAAAAUGUAUUACUUGAUAGUAAGAAUAUUAAUAAUGUAAAUAUAACUAAGGAUACGAAAGAGACAAGGAGUAAUAAUAUGAAUAGUAUGAAUAAUAUGAAUAGUAUGAAUAAUAUGAAUAGUAUGAAUAAUAUGAAUAGUAUGAAUAGACGUAAACACUUAACGUGUGAAGAUAAAGAAGAAAUCGAAAUUCACACAAUUAUAGAAUCAGAUGCAGAAAAAGAUAGUGAUAAAGAAAAUAUAGAUGUAGGGAUGAAACGAAAAGGUGGUAACAGUUAUAAUAUUAAUAAAUAUAAUAAAAUGAUUAAUAUAAAAACCGAUAUGAAUCCAUAUCAUCAUAGUAGUCGUAGUGAACAUAAUUUUGACAUAUACAACGAAAAUAAAACAAUUAAUUUUUUGCAUGUUAAUAAAUUAAAUAAUACUAAUAAUGAAGAGAACGAUAUAAACAGUAAUACAAAAAAACUAGAUUAUUUAAAUUUAUGUAAUUAUUCAACAGAAAAAAAAACAGAUAUGUUAAAUUUAUUUCAAGAACUUUUAAGUUAUUGUGAAUGUUUAAAAAGAAACAGAAAAAAAAGUAGUUAUGAAAUUCAAAAAAUCAGGGUAAGUUAUAACAAGGUGUCUGAUUUAUUGAAAGAAACAUUAAAAAGAGAACAGAAUAGUCAUAUAAAAAUUGAGGAAUUAAGAAAUAUAAUAAUUAACUAUAAUGAAAAAUUUGAUAGAAUAAAAAAUAAUUCAGAAGGUACCAUUACCAAUUUAAGUAAAAAUGUGCAAACAUUAAUAGAAUUAAAUAAUAAUUUAGAAAACGAAAUGAACAAAAUGAUUGAUGAAAAUGUACAUCUUCGAAAAAUUGCACAAAAUGAAUUAUUACUAAACAAAGAAAUAAAUGAUUUAAGAAAACAAUUAGAAAUUUUAAGUAAUGAAAAAGUAUUACUUAUUGAUCAAAUAGAUUCUUUAAGAUUAGAAAAUUCAAAAAUAGAAAAUGAAAAAAAUGUUCUUUUAAGUGAUAAAACUGUACUUAAUUGUAAAAUUGACGUAUUAGAAAAUCAAAUCAAAAAUAAUAUGCACACACUUAAAAAAAACUUAUCUGAACAAAUAGAAAAUAGCCCCUUCUGUGUACAUACAGAUAAAGAAAUUAAUGAGCACAUUAAUAAUUAUUUAAAUUUAAAUCAUGAUGAUAGGACAGAACUUUUCAAAAAUUUCUUGUAUCAGUGGAGAGAAACAAAUAAAGCUGGUCAAAAGUUUUAUGACCAAGCAUUUUGCAACUGA